CCCGGCAAUGGAUGCUACGGAAAGUAGCAAGUUAAGUGAUGGAAUCGAUGCGCCUAUGUGGAUGUUCUGGAGACGGCGACGGUAUGUGCUGGUGUUUUUGGCAUUCUUCGGAUUCUUUAACGUAUACUCGCUGCGCGUAAAUCUUAGUGUUGCGAUAGUUGCGAUGACGGAGAAUCGUACCAUAGAACACCCGAACGGAACAGUCAGUUAUGAACAAGAAUUUGACUGGAACUCCACAACCAAAGGAUACAUUCUGAGUUCCUUUUUCUAUGGCUACAUCUUCACACAGCUUGUUGGUGGCUACAUCUCCAACGCACUCGGUGGAAACUACGUGUUUGGUGUUGGAGUUGGUGUGACAGCUGCACUGACACUCCUAACACCUCUCGCUGCUCACGGUGGCUUCGGCUGGCUGAUCGCGGUACGUGCAAUUGAAGGAUUUUUCGAGGGAGUAACCUUCCCGUGCAUCCACGCAAUCUGGUCCAACUGGGCCCCACCGAGUGAACGAUCGCGCAUGGCUACGAUCGCUUUUUCCGGCGUGUUUACCGGAACCGUCGCAUCCAUGCUGCUGAGCGGUGUGCUAGCGGACACGCUCGGUUGGGAGUGGGUAUUCUACAUUCUUGGUGCAUUCGGAUGUCUCUGGUUUGUGGCGUGGAUGCUGAUCGUGAAGAAGUCCCCCGAAACGGAUCCCUACAUCACCACCAAGGAAAAGGAAUUUAUUCUUGCCACCUUGCAACGUUCGGCUGCUCCGGUUGAGAAAGUGCAACAUCCCUGGCGCGGUAUUCUCACUUCGAAAGCCGUGUGGGCACUGAUCGUGUCGAGCUUUGCGGAAAAUUGGGGAUUCUACACGCUGCUCACACAAUUACCCACAUUCCUGAGAGACACGAUGAACUACGAUCUGCAAGCGGCCGGAUUCCUUUCGGCUCUACCGUACCUCGUGAUGGGCCUGCUGCUUAGCGUCGCCGGAUAUCUGGCCGAUCUUUGCCAGAUCCGGCGCUGGCUCACGACCACACAGGUACGCCGGUACUUCAACUGUGGCGCUUUCCUGGUGCAAACCGUGUUCAUGCUCAUCGGUGCCCUUAUCCUGCGACCCGGUCCAACCCUUGCCUGCAUCACGAUCGCCGUCGGUUGUGGUGCUUUCGCCUGGUGCGGUUUCGCCGUCAACCAUCUGGACCUCUCGCCGAAAAGUGCUGGCGUGCUGAUGGGAAUUUCCAACACCUUCUCUACCGUUGCCGGAAUUCUCACGCCCAUCGUGUCCGGGCAGAUUACGGCGAGCGGGAGCGAGAACGAGUGGCGCACCGUGUUCUACAUUGCCGCCGGGAUCUAUCUGAUCGGUUGCGUCACCUAUUGGUUUGGUGUAUCCGGCGAGCUGCAGCCCUGGUCGAUCGAGGCACGGGAAAAGGAACGCACCCAUCGCCAGGAUGACGGGAAUGGGUACGCAAACGAAGGCUUAGUGCUCGAUCAGAAGCCCUAG